UAUAUAUAUCACAUGUAACUAAAGAGAGAUUUGUUUAAGCUUUGUGCUUGUGUUUUUGUCAUUUUCCAAGAAACAGAGAACAAAAAAAGGAUCAAGAAGAAUGAACACGAAGAACAACGUCGUCGAAGUGUCAACAUUUUUGCUGUUCGAAGCAUCUGGAGAUUCCGAGAGCUAUGAUCAGGAACAUGGCCACGAAGACGAUGAUGCGAAAGGUCGUGAAGAUCAUGGUGAUGAUGCUGAGUCAUACAUGUGCGAGACGUCAACGAGUCCAAGAAGGACGAGUAGGUCAAAUGAUGUUGACCCGGUUGAAGAAGAAGAAGUCGCCGGAGAGAAUGAGGAUCACGAUGAUGGAGAAGGAGAGGUGAAUAGUUAUCGGAGAUGGCCGGAGAGGAGAGACCGUGAUUCAUCUUCGACGGGACGUGACGAGAGGUUGAUUAGUGAGAUUGAAAAGAACCGAAUGUUUUGGGAAGCUUGUUUGGCUUCUUAAUAAUAAUAGUAUGUUCUGAUUGAUUUAGCAACAAAAACAAAAAUGAUAGUGAUUAGUAAUAUACACAUAACGUUAUCUCAGGGUGUGUUUGAAUGUAUUGAUUUAUAAUACCUUUGUUAGAUAUUGUGAUAUCUCGACAUUUUUUCUUCCCUUUUCCCGUUUAUAUAUAGUGUUUCAGUUUAUCGUGCGUAGAAUAAUUUGUGCUCUUUAUGUUUAUAAUAAUUUAAAGCAAAAAUAAAAACAUAGUUUUGUA